AUGGCACCCACAAACACCAAAAUCAUCUCCAUUGAAGAAGCCAGCUCCAAGGGCGAAAAAGUCAACAUCGAUCUCAACUCACCACCACCUUCCGCCGUCCAAUCACUAACACUCGGCCAGCGGCUCUCGUCCACUAGCAGGAAGGAGCUCGUCAACUACAUCAAACGCCGGGCCCGGGCCCGGGCCCGGGCCCAGGCCCGAGCCCAGGCCCAAGGUACAACAUCUGCAGCCAACGUCCAGCUGGCGGCUCGACAGGUCAUCAGCCCGUGGCACGGCGGACGAGGUCCGGUCAAGGAGGAGGACAUGAGCUUCGAGGAAUUUCUCGUCCAGGCAGGGGUCAUGGGCGAAGCAGCGCUGCCACCUCAGCAACAGAUGACACAUCAGCAGUAUCCUCCACCAGCGUACGCUGGUGCUUACGGGCCCCCGAUGAUGGGGCCCACAUUCGUACCGGGGCCCGUGAUGGGCAUGGGUGCUGUCCUGGCUUACCAACAAUUGGGCCCGCAGGUGGCCACAACAAACUGUGGGGGGCCAGUGGUCGGGCCCAAACCAAAAAGCCCGAUUCCAUCGGAUGGGGCAGGCCCAAGCCAGGCAAGGGGUCGGAAGAGUGUUGGGCCCAAACAGAAAAGCCCAAUUCCAAAAAGCCCUGUUCCAUCGAAUGGGGCGGGCCCAAGCCAGGCAAGGGGUCGGAGGAAGAGUGUUGGGCCCAAACAGAAAAGCCCAAUCCCAAAAAGCCAGGUUCCAUUGGAUGGGGCGGGCCCGAGCCAGGCAGGGGGUCGGAAGAGUGAAGCAGACGGGCCCAAUAGGGAGGCGGCCCAGUGGGCUCAGAAGAAGAAGGACUCGAACAGGCAAUCGGCCGCACGAUCCAGGGCCAGAAAGCGGGCUCGCACGGUGGAGCUUGAAGAAGAACUGAACAAGGUCAGAGGAGAACUAAACGAGCUCAGGCAGGAAAACAAACACCUGAAGCAAGUUCUGAUCAAUAUGCCNGUAAAGCGAAAGGCAAAAGCUAUCAUAACUAUAUUUGUAGGCGAGAUGGAUGAGGCCCAAGCCCGGGCCCAGCCCAAGUUUCCCACCAACGAGGAAAGUAAAGAGCUCAGAAGGACCUUGAGCUGCUUCCUGUGA